CUUGGUGGCGCGCGCGAGUGUGUGUUUCUGGUCAGAGGAAAACUUUUUGAAGGAAAACCAACUGAAAUGCAAAUACUUUUUUGUAAAUAUGAGAAUUGUGCGCAGUCAGCGUACUAAUACCGUUACGCAGCUUAGCUUUGGCAUAAACAUAAACAUAACGCAGGAAUACAAAUUGCACUGUCGCACGCCAAGUGAAAGUUAAAGAAACAACAGUUAAACCACUGCUGGCUGGUGGCGCUCAAUCGAGAAGCCCACUGGUGGCUGGUGCUGCGGUCGCCGCUGCAUUGGACGGCAGCGCAUACAAGUGUAUGUUUGUACGACUACGACUACGAAAAAAUGUGUAAAUUUUAUUGCAAAUUGAUUGCAUGAAAACUUGAAAACUUCAAGACCCUAAAAAAUUCUCAGUUAAAAAAUUGCAAGAGUAUUUAGUAAAAUAGAAAAGUGAAACUAAAAAUUUUAGUGCACUAAAAAGUGACAGUCAAAUAUACUAAAUCAUUUCAAAAGAAACAAUAAAAAACCAACAACAAGAGCAAAAAUGGAAAAUCCAUCAUCAACAUUCGAAUAUUUGUGUCGUGUGUGUGCGGCCAACACGAAAGGCAAAAAUUCGGUGGCCGAAUGUGUUUAUAUAUUGAAAACGCCAGCGUUAAAGGAUAAAAUCGAGCGAUAUCUGUAUUUGACGAUUGCCGAAGAGGAUAUUCUACCGAAAGUGUUAUGCAAGGCCUGUUUCCGCCAAGUGGAGGCUACUGCAUCCUUAUCAAAGAUCGCCAAACACACACAAAAGGUUUUUCGUGAUUUCAUUUUCAAUACAAAGUCGUGUCUACAAGCUGAGAGCAGUGAAAGCAGCACACCCACUGCCAGAGCACCCGCAUCCAAAUCUCCAAAAGAAUGUGCAUCUACAGCGCAUGUUCCGGAGCGUCCAAAACCGAAGGAGCGAGAGAAGUCGGUUGUGCAGAACGCUGAAUCCACGCCACCAGCCACACUGCCCGCAUCGUCGACAUGUGCCCACAAGGAUGAGGUCGUGGUAAAUGUCUCUGUCAACGAUCCAUUGACACGUGAGACACAGCACAAGAUGAUAACAGCAUCGCGCCGUCAAAAUUCGCUGGAUGCGCGCUUCACGCCGAAAUCUAUUGCACAACGUGGCUUUGCCAGCACGCCGAAGCAGACAGAGGGUGCAGCCGGCACCAAGAAGCCAACAACAUCGGGUGUCAUAAAUUUCUUCCCCAAUCGACAACAGCAGGUGACGACUGUCACAAGUGGUGGUUAUGUAAUUGGUUGUGCGCCUGAAAGUAUACCUUCAAAUAAAGCUGCAGCCGAGCAGUCGAUCUCGAACGCAAAUAUUUUGCAGCAAAAGCGUAAAAAUCUGAAGAAUGCGUUGAACAACAUCAAAGCGGUUAAUGCUGGACAAGUUUCGCUUCUGAAGGUCUCACAAAAACUCGGUCAAACUACACAAAGCAGUCAACCACAACCGAAAGCCAUCGAGCCGCCAACUUUGUUGGUUGAAGAUGAUGUGCCGGCAGAGCCGCUACCAGAAAAGAUGAUAAUUGCUGCAACAAAACAACAAAAACAUCAAGUACAAGCUGCACCUCAGCUCACUCCACAUAUCGAGCCAAUUUCCGAAAUGCAAUCAGAGCCAACCGAUUUGUCACAAUCAGCCAGACCCAGUAUACCCGAUGACAUAUUGCUCGGUAAAGUGAUCAAAGACGGUGAUCUGCUGAAACUCAUUUUGAAAGCACUCAAAUGGCCGGUGAAUAAACACACAAUGGAGACACAAUUGGAACGCUUGCGCAACUCACGCUUUGCAACCAUUAUGGCUGAUCCGAAUCUGCUGCAGGACGCCGAUCUGACACAAAUAAUGGGACCCUAUUUGGGUCCUGUCUUGCAGGCGGCACAAAUGUUGCAACAACAACAAGUGGCCGCUUCUGCUGCUGCGGCGGCCGCUGCCACUAAAGAAACUGAGCUGCAAGUGGCUGGCAUAACCACAGCGCUGCCGUACAAGCUGCCGGCAGAGACGUCAGUGCAGUUGGUGCCAGCUAGCCCAGAAGAAGAAGCGGAAGUAACAGACGUCACACCGAAGACCAGCGCAUCGAGUCAAUCACUGAAACGCGAUGCGGAAAUUGCUAAUAUGAAAUUGGCACCACCCAAAAAGGUACGCAAGGUGUCGGCACGUGGACGCAGUGCGUCGAUAUUUAACAGCGAUGAGUACGCUGCACUGAAUUCUACUCUCACAUCGCAGUAUUUAAGUUCCAAGUCGAGUCCCGACAUCCAUGUCGAUCUAGAUCCAGCGGCACUAUUUACACAUUUGGGCAUGCUAAGAGGACUCAGCGCGACCAGCUCGAAUGAUGCACUGCUGGCACUGCUACAAAGGCAACGCGCCGCUUUAACUCGUUUGCAACACCCUCAGUCUCAACCACAGCCCAGACGCCAGCGUAGCAACUCUAUUAUUACAGUGCCCGCCAGUGGAAGUGACUUUGUUUUCGAUACAGAUGACAUCAUAUUGAUGGAACCGGAUGAUUGUACUGAAAGCACGACAACAAACUCUCUAAAUAACGGAGACGGCAACACUGCGAGUUCCUCGAAUGUGUCACAAACCGAAUCCGUCACAUUCCCAGUGCCACAACAGGUAUCCAAACCAAUGAUAACACGUCCAAUUAUAAAGCGUCGCAAAACCGUUAUACAGGCAUCACCUGCGCGUAUGAAUCUUGCCAUAAACACAAAAGACAUAACACCGGUUUCAUCCACACCAAGUGAGAGUGUAUCCUCCACUGGCACAACAAUCAAAUUGGUGGCGGCCUCCUCAAACAUAUCACUGCAAACAGCCGCGCCGCCUAAGAGGCCCACCAAAGCACAAUCGCUCGACAGCCUCAACACAAUUGCCACACAAUUCCCAUCCAACGUCAUCACAAUUGGCACGCAAGUGCCGUCAAACACAACCAAUGUGACCGAAGUCGUGCCAACCGCAAUUGUAACUAAAGCAACGGAGACUAUCACGACGGCUACGGCAACUGCGGCAACCAGUGUCUCCUCGCUGCCCGCAAACAAUGCGUCUACCACCAACAACACCACGAAUGCCCUUGCAGCCGAAAGAACGACUACGCGUAACAGUAACGUGGCUAAAAAGCAAACUUCGAGCAAAUCUGCGCUUGGUCAGCAACUACUGGAGGCGAUCGGUUUGCAGAAGGUCCCAGCGGAGAACAAAGACGUCGCUGUAGUGUCAGCAACUGCACCAGGACCGCGUGGUUCUGUGCAGCAGAUACGCAGCGCCUUGAAAAAAUCCUUGCAGAAAGCUCAAGAACAACAACAGCAACGCAGCAAAAAAGCGCCGUCCGCAGCCGGUACUGAGGAUUCUUCGGAAAAGACGGUAAACGUUGUUAAGGAGGUAGUAGUGCAACCACGCGCAAAGCACGCGUCUAACACAUCAACCGGUCCGUUAGAUGUGGAGGAGGAGAUCAACAAAAUCACAUUGGUGUUGCAGAGCAAAUCCAAGGACGAUAAAAAAAUCGAAGAGGCAGACAAGCGCUUGACCGCAGCGGCGCCAAGCAGAAUUCCCGGAAUCAGAAGAAAACUUAUGCCGCCAACACGCAACCGAAAGUCGACAGUUACACUCGUGGCGGAUGAAAUAGUCGAUCUCAUCGACGACGAAGAACACCAAGAUGCGGCCGAGGGAAAGUGUGUCGGCAAAAAUAAGGACAAGGACAAGGAUAAGGAUAUACUCGCCUCAAAUGCGGAACAGGAAGAAACGGAUGUCUACUUAACAGCCACAUCCUUAACAUCAGUGCAGCGCCUUCCCAAAGCUGAUGUUAAAGAUGCGAAGAGUGUGUCACCAACGCGUAAGCGUGGCAGAAAAUUGAAAGAGGACAUUGACUUAGCACAAGAAGAAGAAGACGACGAGGAUGACGACAAGCCGUUGAAGCCCAAAACUGAAAAGAACGCCGGCGCUAAGCAGGAAGCUGAGCCGCGUAACAGUACGCCAGCGCCACGUCAACGCAGUCGGCCACCGCCGGCGAAUGGACGCAAAGCGCCGAGUGAACGCGACUUCGAAAAGGAAAGCGACGAUACAGCGAGCGUCAAAAACGACACUGAGAGUAUCAACAGCUCAAUUCUCAGCACACGGCCAUCACGCGUCAGCAAAACGAUGUCGAAAUAUUACAAGGGUCCAGAUAAGUCGCCCGGAACAACGCGUAGGACACCAGUUUCAACGCGCAGCACCAGAGUGAGAAACUAAGCCAGAGCAAACCAGUUUUUGUGUGCAACACAAAUUGGAGCUUGGGCGCCCCUUAUCAGCAGCAGUGAAUUAUUCUUAUAUUAAGCGGAAUUCCACAAAAUGCGCUGUAUAAACAUAUAAUAUUUAUGUUACGUCAUUUUUAUGUAUUUUUUCUUGUGUAUAAAAACCUAUUCUUAUAUAAAGCUUAUUUCUUUUUAACUGUAUGUACAUACUGUCGAGUUAUGUAUAAAUAUAAAAUAUUAUAUUUAAUAAAAGUUGAUAAAUUCUUAGUGAAAUA